AUGAGGAGCCCCUUUGGCACCACUGUCACCCGGGGUGGCGGGCCCCCGCAGCGAUUCUCGCCCAGCAGUCCAAGCUACGAUCUCGCAGGCAAGGUAAUGCUGUUGGGAGACUCAGGCGUUGGGAAAACCUGUUUCCUGAUCCAUUUCAAAGAUGGGGCUUUCCUGUCCGGGACCUUCAUAGCCACUGUCGGCAUAGACUUCCGGAAUAAGGUGGUGACUGUGGAUGGCACAAAAGUGAAACUGCAGAUUUGGGACACAGCAGGACAGGAGAGAUUCCGAAGCGUCACCCAUGCUUAUUACCGGGAUGCCCAGGCCCUGCUUCUGCUCUAUGAUAUCACCAACAAAUCUUCCUUUGACAACAUCCGGGCCUGGCUCACUGAGAUACACGAGUAUGCCCAAAAGGAUGUGGUGAUUAUGUUGCUAGGCAACAAGGCAGAUGUGAGCAGAGAAAGGGUAGUCCGGUCGGAAGAUGGAGAGACAUUGGCCAGAGAGUAUGGUGUGCCUUUCAUGGAAACUAGUGCCAAGACAGGCAUGAAUGUGGAGUUAGCCUUUCUGGCUAUUGCCAGGGAACUGAAACACAGAGCUGGGCAGCAACAGCCAAAUGAACCCAGUUUCCAGAUUCAUGAUUAUGUGGAAUCGCAGAAGAAACAGCCUAGCUGCUGCCCAUUUGUAUGA